AUAGUAAAUGCUCAGUAAUCAUGUUUACUCGAUGAAAAGGAAUUCCAGGUUUACAGAGAAGGCCGGAGCCCAGAGCCUGUCUCCAUUGAAGUUGAAUCCAGAGCCUUUGCACUGAUCUACAUCCCCAGCCCUUUUAGCCCUUUUGUAUUUUCAGACAGUCCUGCUAAGUUACUACAUUAACCGGGUUGGACUUGAACUUGUAAUCCUCCUGCCUCAGCCUCCCAGAGUGGGGGAAUUACAUACAUGUGCCACCACACCUGGUUUAUUAGGGUGUUUUCUUUCUUUUUGUUUUUUUUUUAGGGUGUUUUCUUAUCCAUCACACUCAACUAUGUGUGCACAGGGUAUUCUCAACACUUUCUUAUAAAUACGUUUUGUGGAGUUGGGAGUGUGACUCAAUGGUAGAGCACUUGGAUAGUGCACCUGAGGCAUGCAGCGCCAACUGCAAUGUGUGUCUCUCCAUGGUCUCUUACCUGCUAAGCAUCUACCAGACCCUGAGCUUCACCCUCCAGUCCUUAACAUCUUUCUGAUAACUUCUUUUUCUGCUUCCAUGUUUCAUUGACCUGUACUGGUUGCACUUUAUUAACCUCUACUUGAUUGCACUAAAUAAUCUCAGAUCCAUUCACUGCAAUAGUACAAAUGAUAAUAAGUUACAGUUGAUUGGUUGCUCGUUAUGUACCAAGCACGUGGCCACGCACUUAUUUACUGAGUAGCUGCUGGGGUGGCACUCCCCUGCAGUACUAGCAGGAGCAAGAGUCUGAGGCGACCCUCGGUUUCGUAAGCGACCCUGUCUCUGAAAGUUAUGAUUCAGUCUGCAGUGCUGAAGAAUAAAAAAAAUGAAAGCUAAGAACCAUUGCGAAUUUACACAGGGUUCUGGGCAUAGUGGUGCACGCCUGUAAUUUCAACACUUGGGAGGCUGAGGCAGGAGGAUUACAACUUGGAGACCAGCCUGGGGUACAUAGGGAGACCCUCUUUCUCUCUCUCAAAAAAAAAGCCAAACACACUCAGGAACGUACAGUCAACACAUUAUGAACAAACAAAAGCCAUGCCCUCCAGUGAAAACAAUAAAGGAGACAGAGACGUCAGGAAGAACAGGGAAGGAGAGGAGUUUUGAGAUGUCUGUUGAGUAGGAUGCAGUGCAAAGAGGAAGACGGUGCGGCCGGAGAGGUUGAGUUGCGAGGCGGGCCAUGACGGCAUGGAGGUGAACGCGGGAGGUCUUCGAGGUCUCUGCAUCCGCGGAGGCGCUGCUCUGGCUAACUCAGAGAAAAGGCGUCCUCACCCGCCAGCUGCCGCUCCUGGAAACCUGUGUGCACCCGCCCGCGCUGCUCCCUCGGCCAGGCGCCGCCUUCCCCCGCCCCGCGGCCCCGCUCGCUCGGGACGGAAACAGUCCGGACCGGCGCCCAGCACGCAGGACCGCCUGGCUCCCUCCCGGAGGCGACACAGCGCAGGGCCCGCGUUCACCGCCGACUCCCGGCACAGGACCCGACCCAGAAGUGCCCCAGAGCACACGUACGGUGACUGCACGAAACACUCAGAAAGCGUUUAUUCGGGGAUGUUGGAGCACCGGAGCCUCCGGAGGCCUGCUGCGUCCAGGGGUCUCAGACCUGUGAGGUCAGGUGAACGUGGAGGCCACACCCUGGCGGCAGAGCCAGGCGGGAUGACUUCUGGGGGUGACGGGUCCUGCCAGCGGCGCACGGGUGAGCACUGUAGGGAAAUGGCUGCUUCCCUGCCAGGCACAGGCUCAUCAGCCACUGGGCGAGGCCCCUCAGAGCACUGCCUACAGGGGAGCUGGAAACCCCGGGCCCUCCGAGAUGUCACCAACACCCCCUCAGCCAGACUAUGCUCUCCCCGCUCCCUCACUGCCAGGCGCCUCGAGCCUUCUGCGGUGGGGUCUACAGCCCUCCUCGUGGCCUCUGCGGUCACUCCGGAUGCAAGACUCCAUCUACCUAAAGCACCCUGACCCCGGCCAGUCUCCGCCACAAGCCACCUCCUGCCAGCUGCUCCGGGCAGAGGUGGCAGAGCACCCCAGCUUGUUGGCGAAGCAGGUCCUGAGGACUGAGACAGUGCCACUGGUCCCAGGCAUCACAAGACCCUCAGCACCAGUAAGGUCCCCAAGCGGGCUCAGAAUGCCAAGGACGAGCGCUGCUGUCCCUUCGGAGCAGGUGCCUCCCACGCAGCAGGGCAGGCGUGAGCCCUGGAUGGGGUGCAGCGAGUGGAACCCCGUACGUCAUCGCAGGUCUGGGGCUGAAAUUUUAAGGGAAGGCUGGCGCAGGCGACGCGAGGGCUGGGCAGAGCUUGGCUGGGAGCCACGUCCGUUCCUUGCUGUGCGCGUCAGGUGACACAGCCCCCACUGGCGUCUUCUCACUCUUGACAUGCAGUCUUCGUCUCGCCUGGUCCUGACCGUGUCCAGGAGAACCAUGAGCCCGUUUCAGCUACGUCUGGCCGGGGCCCAUCCCUCCACUAUGUGCCGUGGUGGGGUCGCGGCACCCAUGGGCCCUUGAACGGUGUCACUGUGAGCUCCCCUUCCCCCCCACCCCGCUCCCCAGGCUGGGCGUCCUCUGCAGCAGCCGAUAGGACCACACUUCCCGUCUUAGGGCACAAAGUCUCCCUUCACCAGCGCCCAUCUUCGCCUGGCCUUCGGGGCACGCAGAGCUCCUUGGGCACAGGGUCCCUGCUUUCCCAGAGUGGUCACCAGGAGGGCAGGCCAAGGGCGCCUGGGGUGCAGUCCAGGCCUCACAGGUGCGAGAUGGCAAGGACGGCGUGUGCUGAGGGGUGCGCAGGCUCUUCCCGGACAGAAGCCAUUAGGGCGCUGCUGCUGCUGCUGUCACCGUCGCCCACCUCUCUCCGGGGCAGGCAGGGUGGGCCAGGUGUCCCAGACGGGUUUCUCCGCCCCACGCUUCGGCGCAGCGCCUGCGCUGAGGCGCUCUUUGUGCGCAGCGGCCAGGGCCUCUCCUCGAGAAGCCAGGCGCCCCCUCUGGUCCCCCAACACUACAGGCGGCCCUUGGGAGGCGGAAGCGCGGCUCUAGCGAAGCCCGGAGGAGCGGUCCAGACACUCGGAGCUGAAGGAGCUCGGCCUGUCCCGUGUGGGGCUCCGCGAGGCCGGCUCGGAGGGAGCCGCAGGCGUCCUGCAGGUGGCAGCACCGCCAGCAGAGCCGUGGCUCCCGCGGGGACAUCCUGCGGUAGGACGAUGGGCGAUCACAAUACAAAUGACAUCAGAACUUGAGGGCAAAAUGAGGCAGACCUGCACUUUUUGAUCCCACCGAAAGGCCAGCGAGGGCCACCCCAGACCUAACACCGCCAGGGGACGGUGCCAAGUCCAGCGGACUCUGGUCAGUGAGACCCUGGGUAGGAAGACAGCGGGCCUGGCUAGCUACCGGGUGAGGAUGGCUGGGGGCGGCCCCCCCCAGUGACCGGGGACCACCCUGCCAUCCUCGCCUUGCUUCCCAAGGACAAGAACCGCCCGCCUGGAAGAUCGGACGCGCAGGCCUGGGACGGACGCACUUUACUUUUUCUUUAUUUGUCUACAUUCGGCUGCACUCAGAUACACUGUCUGAAUGAUCCAGACAUACAAAAAUCCCCACUCUUUCCCACUGGUUUUUAAAAUAAAAUCUUCACUUAUAAAACUGAAA